AUCACAGGGCUUUGGAUCACGGUGGAGGUACGAGAAAUAGAAGGAAAACCUGGCAUGUUUUUUUACGCUUAACCACAAAUUAGCGUUAAAGCCUGUAAUCUGAAACGUAUUUAGCUUCUCAGACGCUCCGCAACCAAGCAUUUCCGCGUCAAAAAGCUACGCAGAUUUUCGUUUCUUACCGAUUGUUGCCUGGCUAGCUAGCUCAGUUUUGGGACAUCAAAAGACAACAUUCUUCCCCAGCUGAGGCAGGGGGCUUGCAUAGCUGAGUAAUGCUUCCGAGUUCUCCACGAGAAGAUGGAUGAAAAGUCCACCAACAGUCGACUUCUGAUCGCCCUGGUGAUGGUGGUACUGUUCGGUGUCAUUGUACUACAGUAUGUUUGUCCUAGCUCCGAUUGCCAGUUGCUACACCUGGGGUCAUUGUCCAAGUCGAGAGAUAGCGCGCCGCAGUCACUGUCUGGGGGAGUCGAUGCUAACGGCGGGACUGUUGGGGAUCCAUACGUCGCCGAGGACGGUGCUUUGUCGCGUUUUGUUCCCCGUUUCAACUUCACAACAAAAGACCUUGACAGAGUCAUAGACUUUAACAUCAACGGGGAUGAUGUUAUUGUUUUUCUGCACAUUCAAAAGACUGGGGGUACAACCUUCGGCCGUCAUCUGGUCCGCAACAUUCACUUGGAGAGGCCGUGCGAAUGCCAUGCUGGUCAGAAGAAAUGUACCUGUUACCGACCAGGCAAGAAGGAAACAUGGCUUUUCUCCAGGUUUUCAACCGGCUGGAGCUGUGGCCUGCAUGCCGACUGGACAGAACUGACCAACUGUGUACCCGCUAAGAUGGGCGUUCAUGAGCCGCCUGAAACACAAAAGCCACCAAGCAGGAACUACCACUACAUCACCAUCCUGAGGGAUCCCGUGUGGCGCUACCUCAGCGAGUGGCGGCACGUGCAGCGCGGGGCCACUUGGAAGGCCUCUGUGCACUGGUGCGACGGCCGCGCCCCCACGCUGGCCGAGCUGCCCAGCUGCUACAGCGGCGACGACUGGUCCGGCUGCUCGCUGGAGGAGUUCAUGGGCUGCCCCCACAACCUGGCCAACAACCGGCAGACGCGCAUGCUGGCCGACCUGAGCCUGGUGGGCUGCUACAACCUGACGGCCAUGAGCGACCACGAGCGCGGCGCCAUGCUGCUGGAGAGCGCCAAGCGCAACCUGCGGCGCAUGGCCUUCUUCGGCCUCACCGAGUACCAGCGCAAGACGCAGUACCUGUUCGAGCACACCUUCCGGCUGGCGUUCAUCGCGCCCUUCACGCAGCUGAACGGCACGCGCGCCGCCAGCGUGGAGGUGGCCCCCGAGACCCAGCGCCGCAUCCGGCAGCUCAACGAGUGGGACGUGGAGCUGUACGAGUACGCCCGCGACCUCUUCCUGCAGCGCUUCCAGUUCGCCCGGCAACAGGAGCGCCGACAGGCCCGCGAGCGCAGGCAGCAGGCGCGCCGACGGCUGCGGACUAAAGGCCUGCCCUGGCUGGGGAUGGGCGCGGCGGCGGCGGGGGCGCCCAAGCCCACCGAGAGACCGGGGAGGCCGCAGCAGCCGGAGGCGGAGUCCAACCCCAGCCAAAGUCAGGCGACCUCAGAGGAGAAGCUGGAAGAUCUAAAUACCGGAUUAUGGGAGGAAAGCGAGGCGCAGUCUGAGGAGGCCUGGUGGGACAUGGAGGAGAAUGACUCCAAUGAGGACAUUGACUACAUGGAAAAUGUCGAGCAGUGGUAAACACAGAAGUCUCAUGGAGGAGUGGUAGCUCACGGACAGCCAACUCUCUCCAUCGGCUUCUGACCACUGGGAACUCAUUCAAAGCCACAUGUACCAACUAAUGUAGCCUUCUACAACAUAUCAUGAUCUGCUACAGUUUGCACACACUCUGUUCUCAUAUUGUAAUUUGUUAUCUAUGUCACAGUACAAGUUAAAGGUGUAUGAUGUACACUACAAUGUAAUGUAUGAUGUAACUAACUUAAAAACCUUUUAAGCUUUCUCUCCUCAAUCAAUGUGUACCACAAUCACCCCGUUCCCCACAGAAUGUUCCUGUUGUGCUCCCGGACUGUACUAAUAUGGAACCGUUACUAUAAGCUUUCUUUUUUAUACUGAAUCAAAAUGCCUUUUAUCUAUUGUUGGAAUGUUUUUAUAUGCAUUGUCAAAUGUUAUGAUUAUGAUUUAUUAUGUUCUACUGAGUUAAAAUGAGCUUCGCAUUUCAACUUUGGCCAUUUACAGUUCACUGUAUUUGCUCAUGACAAUAGACUGAAAAAGAACAAGGAAUGUGAUGGAAAAGAAUACUGUUUGUUGUUUCCCACAAAUAAAUUUUGUAAUAAUCUCGUA